GUCUCGACGUUUCACGAACACUCUCCGAGUUUCUAUUCUCCCAGUCCCUGUGUCUUUCACUUUUAAACCUGCGAUCGAGGAGGACGACACUCUCAAACCUUUGCUAUAUUCCCACGCAAAGUGCCUACCUUCUCUUUUAAUUCCCUCGAACUCCCUCUUCGGUCGUCACUGACUCACUGAGAUUUCUUUCGUUCGUUCGUUCAAUCCUUCAUUUUCCACGGCACUCCGGCCAUGGCCUCGACGAACACGUCCUUCUUCUGGGUCAGUUCCGGUCUUUUGCAGUCAGCCCGGACCAACUGUUGCGAUCGAAAUGGUUUGUUCGCUCAGCCUCCGCGGCCCUCUAUGAGCUUCUCUCCCGCGAAAUCCAAACCCCUCAUGGGCUUGAAGUCGCUGCAACUGUGCAGAAACGGUGCGUUCCCAAACGGGUUUCUGAGAUUUGGUCGGACUCCUAGGCCGCUUGUUGUCCGUUGUGAAGCUUCGAGUGGAAGGAUAACGCAACAAGAUUUUACGGAUAUGGCGUGGCAAGCAAUUGUCUCAUCCCCGGAAGUGGCGAAACAGAACAAGCAUCAGAUAGUGGAGACAGAGCAUUUGAUGAAGUCCCUUUUGGAGCAGAAGAAUGGGCUUGCUCGCAGGAUAUUCUCCAAGAUUGGAGUUGACAAUACCCGCCUUUUAGAGGCCACUGAUAAGUUCAUCCAACGUCAACCGAAGGUUCUUGGUGAAUCAGCUGGCUCAAUGUUAGGACGUGAUUUGGAAGCCUUGAUUCAGCAAGCGAGGGAAUACAAGAAAGAGUGGGAUUCAUUUGUUUCUGUUGAGCAUUUGGUUCUCGGUUUCACCAAAGAUCAACGAUUUGGGAAGCAAUUAUUUAGAGAUUUUCAAAUAUCGCUGCAAACUUUGAAAUCUGCAGUAGAAGCUAUUAGGGGACGCCAAUCAGUUAUCGACCAAGAUCCUGAGGGGAAGUAUGAAGCACUGGAAAAAUACGGAAAAGAUUUGACAGCCAUGGCAAGAGAAGGGAAGCUUGACCCAGUAAUAGGAAGAGAUGAUGAGAUACGUAGGUGCAUCCAGAUUCUCUCAAGGAGAACAAAGAACAAUCCUGUUCUCAUUGGUGAGCCUGGUGUAGGGAAAACUGCAAUAUCUGAAGGGCUUGCUCAAAGAAUUGUGCAAGGAGAUGUUCCUCAAGCAUUGAUGCAUCGUAAGCUAAUAUCCCUUGACAUGGGUGCACUAAUUGCUGGGGCAAAAUAUCGGGGGGAAUUUGAAGAUAGACUGAAGGCCGUACUCAAGGAAGUUACAGAAUCGGAUGGUCAAAUUAUUCUCUUCAUUGAUGAGAUCCAUACAGUUGUUGGUGCAGGUGCUACGAAUGGUGCAAUGGAUGCAGGCAAUCUGUUGAAGCCUAUGCUUGGGCGGGGAGAGUUGCGGUGUAUUGGUGCAACAACUCUGGAUGAAUAUCGCAAGUAUAUUGAGAAAGAUCCGGCAUUGGAGCGUCGUUUUCAGCAAGUUUAUGUUGAUCAACCUACAGUUGACGAUACCAUUUCCAUACUGCGAGGACUGCGUGAAAGAUAUGAGCUGCAUCACGGAGUCCGCAUUUCUGAUAGUGCACUUGUGGCGGCAGCGAUUCUAUCCGAUCGUUACAUCAGUGGUCGGUUUUUACCUGACAAAGCUAUUGACCUAGUUGAUGAAGCAGCUGCCAAACUGAAAAUGGAAAUUACUUCAAAACCAACUGCCCUUGAUGAGAUUAAUCGUUCAGUGUUGAAGCUGGAAAUGGAGAGGCUCUCCCUCAUGAAUGAUACAGAUAAGGCUUCUAAGGAUAGGUUGAACCGGCUUGAGGCUGAGUUGUCUCUCCUCAAGGAGAAACAAGCCCAGCUCACUGAACAGUGGGAGCAUGAAAAGUCUGUCAUGACCCGCAUUCAGUCAAUCAAAGAAGAGAUUGACAGGGUAAAUCUUGAGAUCCAGCAGGCUGAACGAGAGUAUGAUCUUAAUCGUGCUGCAGAACUGAAGUAUGGCAGCCUCAACUCUUUGCAAAAACAACUUGAAAGUGCAGAAAAAGAGCUGGACGAAUAUAUGAACUCUGGAAAGUCUAUGCUGAGAGAGGAAGUUACGGAAGAUGACAUUGCUGAAAUUGUCAGUAAAUGGACAGGCAUCCCUCUUUCCAAGCUUAAACAAUCUGACAGGGAAAAGCUAUUACAUUUGGAGGAAGAGCUGCAUAAACGUGUUGUGGGCCAAGAUCCUGCAGUGAAAGCAGUAGCCGAGGCUAUUCAGCGAUCUCGAGCUGGUCUCUCAGAUCCUCACCGUCCAAUUGCUAGUUUUAUGUUCAUGGGUCCUACUGGUGUUGGAAAGACAGAACUAGCUAAGGCACUUGCUUCCUACUUGUUCAACACAGAAGAAGCUCUUGUUCGAAUAGAUAUGAGUGAAUACAUGGAAAAGCAUGCUGUUUCAAGAUUGAUUGGGGCCCCACCUGGUUAUGUGGGAUAUGAGGAAGGUGGACAGCUGAGUGAGACAGUUCGCAGGAGGCCAUAUGCAGUCAUUCUGUUUGAUGAGAUAGAAAAGGCCCAUUCCGAUGUGUUUAAUGUGUUCCUUCAGAUUUUAGAUGAUGGGAGAGUGACUGAUUCCCAAGGUCGCACUGCGAGCUUUACCAAUACAAUUAUCAUUAUGACAUCAAAUGUGGGUUCACAGUACAUACUCAACACAGAGGAUGACACAUCGCCAAAGGAAUUAGCAUAUGAAACUAUUAAGCAGCGAGUACUGGAUGCUGCAAGAUCGGUCUUCCGCCCUGAGUUUAUGAAUAGGGUUGAUGAAUAUAUAGUUUUCCAGCCUCUGGACCGGGAUCAGAUAAGCAGCAUUGUCAGGUUACAGUUGGAGCGAGUGCAAAAGAGGCUUGCAGACCGGAAGAUAACAAUCCAGGUGACAGAUGCUGCUGUUCAGCUCCUUGGAAGUCUUGGGUAUGACCCGAACUUUGGUGCUAGGCCAGUCAAGCGAGUGAUUCAGCAGAAUGUUGAAAAUGAACUCGCUAAGAGUAUCUUGAAGGGCGAGUUUAAGGAUGAAGACAGUGUGUUAAUAGACACAGAGGUUACAGCAUUUUCUAAUGGCCAGCUUCCCCAACAAAAACUUGUCUUCAGGACGCUUGGAACUGGUUCAGAAACUCCAGCUGCGGAGGACAAAGAAGCUUUCUCACCCACUCCCUGAGGCCUUAUACUUUAGUUUCACUGUAUUUUAUGUUUUACAAAAAACAAUCGGCCAAAGAUCAUGGGCUAAUACUAUUGAGCAUCCCCUAUUUUAUAUAUACGUUCUU